AUGAGUGAGCCUUGUGAUGGAGUUGGUGGCGUCAGUUUAUCUGACGCCACCUUUUCCAAAAAUUCUCCGGAGGUCGGUGCGCCGUCAUCUGCUCGCCCUUCUGGCUCGGUUAACAAAAAUAUGAACACUUCUGUUGAUGGGGUGCCGGCUGAUUUUUUCACUCAGAUGUUGCAAAUGAUGAAGCACGUGUCGGAUCGUAUGACGUCGCAAUCAGAUAUUUCAAAAGUGAGAAUAAAUGACGUGUUUUUGCCGUCAUACGAUCCAGACGCUAAUGUUGGGGUUAGAGAAUGGUGUCAACAUGUGACCACAGCUGUGGAAACUUACAACCUGAGCGAUUAUGAAGUCCGGAUGAAGGCUGGUAGUUUGCUUAAGGGUCGCGCAAGGUUGUGGGUUGACAAUUGGCUGGUGUCCACCACCACGUGGCAAGAAUUGCACUACCGAGAGUUAAAUAGGAAUACCGUCAGGGACCAUUAUGCCUUACCGAUAAUCUCAGACCAAAUAGACCAACUGGCCGGGGGUAUUUAUUUCACCACAAUUGACAUGGCAGCUGGGUUUCAUCAGAUACCUAUUUCGGAGGGAUCAAUUGAAAAGACUGCUUUUGUAACUCCCGAUGGUUUAUAUGAAUACCUAACUAUGCCAUUUGGACUUUGCAACGCGGUGUCAGUCUACCAGCGCUGCAUUAAUAGGGCUCUCGCUCACCUCACGAGCUCACCAGACCAAGUGAGCCAGGUCUAUGUCGAUGAUGUGCUCUCAAAGUGUAAAGAUUUUGAUCAGGGCUUAUACCAUAUUGAACGCAUAUUGAUUGCUCUACAAGAAGCUGGCUUUUCUAUUAACGUUGAUAAAACCGCCUUCUUUAAACGCUCCAUCGAGUACUUGGGCAAUAUAAUUGCAGACGGGCAGGUCAGCCCUAGCCCAAGAAAGGUGGAGGCUUUAACGAAGGCACCAAUCCCGAAAACUGUCAAACAAGUUAGACAAUUCAAUGGCCUGGCUGGAUAUUUCAGACGUUUCAUUCCCAACUUCUCGCGAGUUAUGGCUCCUUUAUAUGAACUCACUAAGAACGAUACGACACGGGAAUGGAACGAAAGGCAUGACGAAGCUAGGGAUUAUAUUGUCAAACAUCUGUCUACUGCGCCUACCCUUACGCUAUUCCAGGAAGACGCACCCAUCGAACUCUACACGGACGCCAGCAGCAUCGGCUACGGGGCAGUGUUAGUGCAGACAUUCGCGGGUCGCCAACAUCCAGUCGCGUACAUGAGCCAGCGCACCACCGACGCCGAGAGCCGCUACCACUCUUACGAACUUGAAACGUUGGCGGUCGUAAGAGCAAUUAAGCAUUUUCGGCAUUACCUCUACGGCCGAAAAUUCAAGAUUGAGCAGCACCGCGACGACGUGCUACGCCCAGUGAUGGAGAGUAUAACAUCUGGCGAUUCCAUCGAAGGCUAUGUCAUGGAAGAUGGCAUACUUAAGAAAAUGCUCACAGAUCCUAUACUCGGCAUACAUAAACCAAUUGUAGUGCCUAAGUCUCUCCAGUGGAGCUUGAUAAACUCCUUCCACGUGACACUGCAGCACCCAGGAUGGGAGAAAACUCUGCAGAAGCUACGAGAAACGUACUGGUUUGACAAGAUGAACUCGGCUGUUAGACGUUUUGUAGACAAUUGUGUUAUAUGUAGAACCUCGAAAGGACCAUCUGGUUCUAUACAAGCGCAGCUCCAUCCGAUCCAGAAACCCACGGCAGCGUUCCAGGUCAUUCAUAUGGACAUCACAGGAAAAAUGGGCACGAGGAACUCCGAAGGACAAGAUGAGUACGUAAUUGUUGCUAUUGAUGCAUUCACGAAAUACAUAUUACUGAGCUAUUCCAAUGACAAGAGCCCGAGCAGUACACUCGCGGCACUCAAGCGUGUCAUUCACCUGUUUGGCACCCCGGUACAAGUGGUGGUUGAUGGCGGUCGGGAGUUUCUCGGCGAGUUCAAAGUCUACACUGACCGCAUAGGGAUUGACGUGCAUUCAAUUGCGCCAGGAACAAGCCGAGCAAACGGACAGGUCGAAAGGGUCAUGGGCACAUUGAAAAAUGCCCUUACCAUGAUCAAAAACUACAGUACUCAAGACUGGCGCUGGAAGCUUUACAGCUCGCUUUCAACUGCACGCCACAUCGAGUGA